AUGGCCAGCGUUCAGCAAGGCGAGAAGCAGCUUUUUGAGAAGUUCUGGAGGGGAACCUUCAAAGCGGUGGCCACCCCGCGCCCGGAGAGCAUCAUCGUCGCCAGCAUCACAGCCCGCAAGCCUCUACCACGGGCAGAACCACAGAGCAGUCCCCUAGUCCCAGCCCAGGAUGGAUCUUCAGAAAAGCUGGGCCAGUGUCUGGCCACCCGGGCCUUGGGCACCAACAGCUGGGAGAGAGACAAGGCCUGCCGCCAGCGGGGUCCCAGCAGAGCACGCAGUGUCUCACACACCAGAGAUUUGACCCCACCACCUGCGUCAAGGGGGAAGAAGAAAAAGAAGAAAUCUAUUCGGAAGAAGAGAAGGAGGUCCCCAUCCUAUAGCCCGUCGCCUGUCAAGAAAAAGAAGAAGAAAAGUUCCAAGAAACAUAAACGACGCAGAUCAUUCUCCAAGAAGAGAAGGCACAGCUCCUCUAGCCCCAAAAGCAAACGAAAGGAAGAGAAGAGACACAAGAAACAAUCUCGAAGCCGGCCCCGAAAGUCUCACCGCCACCGCCACCAUCGCUGCCAUUCAAGGUCCCAGAGCUCAGAGUCUCGCUCGUCCAGCUGUGAGAGCAGGCACCGAGGACGGUCCCCCGAGGAAGGGCGGAAGUCCCGACGAAGGCACUCUCGCCGCUGCUCCAAGACCAUCUGUAAGUCCAGUCCGGAGGCCCGGUCCAGCCACCUGCCCAGCCAGCCUCUCCAGAUGCUCAGCUUCCUGUCAGCCAGGGGUGUAAUCACUGGGUCUGAGCCUGCCGCUGACCCCUUUAGCAAAGCAGCCAGCCGGCUUGCCACGUCCCGAGGACGCUCCCAGGAGUACGACUCCGGCAACGAUACCUCCUCGCCACCCUCCACCCAAGCCAGCUCUGCCAGGUCUCAGGGCCCGGAGAAGGGGAGCCCCCAUGGGGGCUUGAGCAAGAGAGGAGACCUCAACGGUGGCGACAGCUCUGAUUCAGGGAACUCCUUCACCACCUCUUCACCCCAGAACAAGGGGGCCAUUUUGGAGAAUCUCUCUCCCACCAGCAGGGGCAGAGAAUCAAGGGGGUUUCAGUCUCCAUGUCCCGAAUGCACUGAGGUGAAGAAGGCCGGCUCGGCGCGGAGUCCCCCGCUGAAGGCGUGCUCUCGCAGCCCUUCCUAUGACAGCACGCGAUCCUCCAGCCACUCUUCCAGAUCCCCUGAUCCCAGGGCCUCCCCCAGGUACUCCCGGAGCCGCUCCACCUCCUCGGAGGAAAGGUCCUACUCACGCUCUCCCAGCUAUUCUUCCAAAUCUGGCAAGAGGAGCCCGCCCAGCAGAAGUUCGCGGUCCCGACGCAGCCCCAGCUACUCACGCUACAGCCCCAGCAGGGAGCGGGACCCCAAAUACUGCGAGAAGGACUCGCAGCAGAGGGAGCGCCAGCGAGCCUGUCGGCGGCGCCGGUCCUACUCACCUAUGAGGAAGCGCCGGAGAGACUCCCCGAGCCACCUGGAGGCUCGAAGGAUUACAAGUGCCCGGAAGCGCCCCAUCCCUUACUACCGGCCCAGCCCCUCGUCGUCCAGCAGCCUCAGCAGCGCCUCCUCCUGGUACAGCAGCGGCAGCAGCCGCGCCGCCAGCCCCAGCCGCUCGCGCAGCCGUAGCCCCAGCCGAAGCCGCAGCCGCAGCCGCAGCAGCCGCAGCCGGACCAGGAGCAGCUCCAGCUCCCGCAGCCCCAGCCUGGGCUCCCGGAGCCGCAGCCGCAGCUACAGCUCGGUGGACAGCUAUUCCAGCACCAGGCGCUAA